GGGCGUGUACGUGUCUGCGUGUAUAUAUAAUGAGUGAAUACACAUGUUGAUUCAAGAGUGCAACAGGCAGGAACAGGCACCAGCUCAAUGGAUACACAGCAAAAAAUUACUAUCCUCCGAGAGGGCUUCCUGGUGAAAAGGGGUCAUCUCGUGCACAACUGGAAGGCGCGCUGGUUCGUGCUGACGCCGGACAAGCUGUUAUAUUACAAGUACGAAGGCGGGAGAAGAGAUUCUUGUCAGCGAGGCAAAAUCAUGCUGAAUGAUUGCGUCAUUACUUGCCCCUUCCUUGAGUACGACAAUCGACCUUUGGUGUUCCGGCUUCAAACCAAGAACUGCGUGGAUCACUUCCUGGAAGCGUGUUCACGGGAGGAGCGAGACGAAUGGGCCGGCGACAUCGCCGCAGCGGCGGACAAGUUGGAUUCUGGGGCGGACGCGGACGACGAUGACUCACCUAGCGUCAGCCCGUCCACGCCAGGAGGCUCGCAGCCGCACCACAUCAACCUGAGCAAAGUGCUGGAGGCCAUGUAUGACGUUCACAGCGGAAUCAACAUGACCAACCAUGUAGAGCAAGGACGCGUGUACACCAACUGCUUCUCAGGCUCCGCGGUGGUGGACUGGCUGGUGUUCACGCAGCUGGCGCUGACCCGAACCGAGGCGGCGACGUUGGCGUCGGCUCUUCUGGAAGAGGGCUUCCUCCGCACUAUCGGGCUACGGAGCGUGGAGGCGCUGCGCAAAGCUGGCCUCAGCGAGCUCUUCAUGGACGACUCCACGGCGCUUUAUAGCUUUUCAGACAACUUGAAGAAGCGAGGUUGCGUGAAGGCCGAGACCACGCUGUCCGCAGUGGAGCUGAGCGGUCAUGUGAUCAAGAGAGGCUACCUGCUCAAACAAGGCCACAGGAGGAAAAACUGGAAGAUUCGACUCUUUGUGCUGCGCUCGGAACCUUCUUUCCUCCACUACUACGACCCCACCAAGGACGACAUCCGCCCCGUUGGAGGUUUCCCAUUGCGAGGCUCGCUGGUGUCCUCGCUGGACGACAAUGGCGUUCCUUCCGGUGUGAAGGGUAACAUCCAAGGCAACCUAUUCAAAAUCAUCACUCAGUCCGACACACAUUACUUCAUCCAGGCUCCCAGUCACCGAGAGAAGAUGGAAUGGAUUGACGCUAUCCGGGAGCACACGUAGCCCCAACGUAUCCGUCACCUGUCGGCGUGUAGCUCAUAUCAAAGCUGCUUAGCGUUUGUAUACUUCAAAGUGUCUAUUUGUUUAUAAAAUACUUCUUCUAUUUUAAGAUUAAAUUUAUUCCUAAACUGGGAA